AUGGGCUUACUUGCCGUCGAAGCUGGUAAGGACACGAAGCCUUCCGAAAGCAGUUCUCAUCUUAAGGCUACAAGAAAUCUCCCAUUUUCAGAAGCACCAUCUUGGUCCGUAGGUUUGUAAAGGGAAAACGAGACCCAAGAUCGAUGCAAACCCUAACCCUAACUAAACCCUAAACCCUAUCGAAUAACUCUUAGUUCUAAUCGUCGCCAGCGUCGUCUCCGCGAACUAGCUGAGGUCCACGGUGAGCAUCGUCUCCUCCACGCCGAUUCCGGUGCCGGUGCCGACCGUUCUCUAGG